UCUCUCUCUCUCUCUCUCUCAUUGUGUUCUGACUUCUGAGUUUCCGUUUGAGGGAUUUUGUGGGUUUUGACGUUGGAUCCUCAUCCUCGGAUCCGGCAGUUUUGAACGCUUUCCCAAACCAACGAGAAAACAGUUAAGCAGACACUUGUAAACCAGCUCAAGAUUUGCUGCCAUAUACUCUCUCUACGCACCCCUCCCUCUCCCUCUACAUAUAAAAUACAGGAAAAAAUGCCUUCCCAUUUACUACCCAUAUCCAAUCCGCCUUCACAUUCCUCAUUGGGACAUCCAAUUCCAGCCCCUUCAGCCAUACCGUCUGCUGCUUCCACAGCCACAAUGUUAGUCAAGGCAGGAGAGCAUGACCCAACCGCCUCUCUUCUUUUUUCUUCAUCAUUUGAGGAUGACAAAGCCAUUUCCAUCAAACCCCUUCUCCCCAGGACCUUAAGCUACUCCGCCACUACCACCACCACCACCUCUACCUCUAGCAGCUGCUACCAGCAGCGGCGGCGCCGGAUCGCUAGCGAAAACUCGCUGUCUUCACUCUCCACUGCCAGUGCUCGCCGCCAGGCCUUUGGCCGUGAUGUUGGGCACGCCGCCGCCGAGACGUUCUUGGUGACCCGGUUGAGUUUGAAGCUCUUGAGAUAUCUUGGGGUAGGUUACAAAUGGAUUACAAGAUUUCUAGCCCUUGGUUGUUAUGCCUUGCUACUUAUCCCAGGUUUUCUUCAAGUUGGAUAUUACUAUUUCUUCUCCUGUCAGAUUCGCAGAAGUAUAGUUUAUGGUGAUCAGCCAAGAAAUAGGCUGGAUCUGUAUCUACCCAAAAAUAGUGAUGGGCCAAAGCCAGUCAUUGCAUUUGUAACUGGUGGAGCCUGGAUUAUUGGUUACAAAGCAUGGGGUUGUCUUUUAGGACAACAGCUAUCAGAAAGAGACAUCAUAGUGGCAUGCAUUGAUUACAGGAAUUUCCCUCAGGGAACUAUGAGUGAUAUGGUAAAGGAUGCUUCUCAAGGUAUCUCAUUUGUGUGCAACAAUAUUGCUGAAUAUGGAGGUGAUCCUGAUAGGAUUUAUCUCAUGGGACAGUCAGCUGGUGCACACAUUGCUGCUUGCACGCUAUUGGAGCAGGCAAUUAAAGAAGCUGGUGAAGGAGAGAGCACUUCUUGGAGUGUCUCUCAGAUAAAGGCUUAUUUUGGUUUAUCUGGAGGGUACAAUUUGUUGAACCUAAUAGAUUACUUCCAUAAUCGAGGUCUGUACCGUUCCAUCUUUUUAAGCAUAAUGGAAGGCGAAGAAUCCCUUCGACGAUUCUCCCCUGAAGUAGUGGUCCAGGACCCGAACAUUAGAAAUGCCAUUUCCCUCUUGCCACCUAUUAUUUUAUUUCAUGGUACUGCAGAUUAUUCCAUACCUUCAGAUGACAGUAAGAAUUUUGCUGACACUCUUCAAAGAGUUGGGGUAAAAGCUGAAGCAAUUUUGUAUGAAGGAAAGACUCACACAGAUUUGUUUCUUCAGGAUCCGAUGAGAGGUGGCAGUGAUCAGUUGUUUGAAGAUUUAGUAGGUCAUAUUCAUGCUGGUGACACAGAGGCCCUCACCAAAGAUGCAGUGGCUCCUCCAAGAAAACGCCUUGUACCUGAAUUUAUGUUGCAGUUGGCGCGCAGAGUUAGCCCAUUCUAAUCAUUCUUCAUCACUCAACUAUUAACCUAAAAACCCAUAUUUUUGUUGAUUCAACCCCAUACUGUAAAUAUAUAUAUAUCACAGUGAUAAUUGUAUGUCUUCUUUCUACAUUUUUUUGUUUUUUCUUGUUUUUGGGUUACCCUUAGCACUCUCUCUCUCUAUCUCUGUGCAUCUGUGCAUUUUUAUGGGAUUUGUUAUUUUUCCUUGUAAUAGUUAAAAGAUUGCUAGGGAAAACAGUGUAUAAGGGUAUUUGUUUCAACACGAACACAGCAAGGAUGUUUUCAGGGACGGAUCUAGGAUGUUUAUUUUUAAGGGGAGGGGGGCAGAUAUAGUUGUAAAAUAGAAUCCCCCUUUGAUAUAUGUGAGCAGUAGUGUAUUAGUUUCCUAUUGACUAUGAUCAUUCUUUUUAUUAAUGAACAAUUUAAUUUUUUUU